GUUGUCUCUCUCUCAAGCCAACCCAACAAUACCAAUGCUUCUAAUAAUUAUAAUACUAGUCCUAACAACUCUUCAAGCUUCUUCUUCUUCUUCUUCUUCUUCUACUAGGUUGCCUCUCCAGAAUGAAGAGAAAUGUAAAUGGAAACGGUUUCCAGGUUGCCCCGAAGAACUUGCAGGGGAUCAGAAGGAAGAGGGCAUUGCAUCAAUGGCUGAUGUGCAGCUGCAGAUUCAUGAUGAUCAUGUGGUGAUGGAUAAUGGGAUACUUCAAGUCACACUGACAGUUCCGGGAGGGACUGUUAUUAGAAUUCAAUAUAAUGGAAUUGACAAUUUGCUUGAGCUUCAUAACCCACAGUUCAAUGCAGGGUUCUGGGACCUUAAUUGGGCUGACCCAGGAAACAUGGGAACAAAAGGCCAAUUUGAUGUGCUUAAUGGAACAAGCUUCAAGGUGAUAAUGGAAAAGGAAGAACAAGUAGAGCUGUCAUUCACAAGGCCAUGGGACACCUCCCUUCAGGGUAACCACUCCCCCUUAAACAUUGACAAAAGGUUUAUAAUGCUUCGUGGUUCCUCAGGUUUCUAUUCAUAUGCCAUUUAUGAACAUUUAGAGGAUAUGCCUGCUUUGAUCCUCUACGAAACAAGGAUUGCUUUUAUGCUCAAAGUUGAGAAGUUUAGAUACAUGGCUGUAGCAGAUAAUAGGCAAAGGUACAUGCCCUUGCCGGAUGACCGGUUGCCUGGAAGAGGUGAAGCAUUGGCCUACCCAGAAGCAGUCCUACUUGUUAACCCUGUGGAGCCUGAAUUUAAAGGAGAGGUGGAUGACAAGUAUCAGUAUUCAAUUGAGAACAAAGAUAAUGGGGUUCAUGGGUGGAUAUGCUUUGAUCCACCAGUUGGGUUUUGGCAAAUCUGUCCCAGCAAUGAGUUCAGAACUGGGGGUCCAACCAAGCAGGACCUAACCUCUCAUGUCAAUCCAACUACUCUUGCUGUAUAUAAGCACAACAAUGAUUUCUUACAAGUUGGUGGAAACUGGGAGUUCCCCGCAGGAACUGAGUUUCAGUUUGAGAGGAUUCCCCAGAAAGACGGCUACCCAAAGGCCUCUCGUUUCUAA